AUGGCGUUUUCAGGGGGGCCAAAGCCGCACAUUCUGCACAAUGAGGAUCCAAUAAGGAGAGCGCUGAGACUGAGCGACUUCCCCCUGACCGCUGAGUUCUUCAGGGAAAUGUAUUCCCAGGCUAGACUCAGCAUCCGGGGCAAUGUUUAUAUCGGUGAGCGUCUCCUUACCGGUCCCAUCCUUUUCUCCGUCAGCGUCCUGCUGGACAAACGCUUCCGUGCUGAGUGUAAAAACGACGGCGUGAUUAUUCCGUACCCUCCCUCCAACCGCUACGAGACGCUGCUGAAGCAGAGACACGUCCAGCUCCUAGGACGCUCCAUCGACCUGAACCGCCUCAUCACGCAGAGGAUCUCAGCUGCCAUGUACAAAUCCCUGGACCAAGCCAUCAGUCGCUUCGAGAGCGAGGACCUCACGUCCAUUGUGGAGCUGGAAUGGUUGAUAGAAGUGAACCGCCUGACUCACCGCCUGCUCUCCAAACACAUGACCCUGGACAGCUUCGACGCCAUGUUCCGCGAGGCCAACCACAAUGUCUCCGCCCCCUACGGCCGUAUCACCCUCCACGUCUUCUGGGAACUCAACUUCGACUUCCUGCCCAACUACUGCUACAACGGCUCCACCAACCGAUUUGUAAGGACGGCGAUUCCUUUUACCCAGGAGCCCCAGAGGGACAAGCCAGCCAAUGUUCAACCUUAUUACCUGUAUGGGUCCAAGCCCCUGAACAUCGCCUACUCCCACAUCUACAGCUCGUACCGUAACUUCGUGGGCCCGCCCCACUUCAAGACCAUCUGCCGUCUCCUUGGUUACCAGGGAAUCGCCGUUGUGAUGGAAGAGCUUCUCAAGAUCGUCAAGAGCUUGCUACAGGGCACCAUUCUGCAGUAUGUGAAGACGCUCACAGAGGUCAUGCCAAAGAUCUGCCGGCUUCCCCGGCACGAGUACGGCUCUCCAGGAAUCCUGGAGUUCUUCCACCACCAGCUGAAGGACAUCAUCGAGUACGCCGAGCUGAAGACCGACGUCUUCCAGAGUCUGCGGGAGGUCGGCAACGCCAUACUUUUCUGCCUGCUGGUCGAGCAAGCGCUGGUGUCCCAGGAAGAAGUCUGCGACCUGCUCCAUGCUGCCCCUUUUCAAAACAUCCUUCCUAGAGUUUACAUCAAAGAGGGGGAGCGUCUCGAUGUGCGGAUGAAGAGGCUGGAGGCGAAGUAUGCUCCCCUGCAUCUGGUUCCCCUGAUAGAACGACUGGGAACGCCGCAGCAAAUCUCCAUCGCCCGUGAGGGAGACCUGCUGACCAAGGAGCGGCUGUGCUGUGGCCUCUCCAUGUUCGAGGUGAUCCUGACCCGCGUGCGCAGCUACCUCCAGGACGCCGUGUGGCGCGGCCCGCCCCCCACCAACGGCGUCAUGCACGUGGACGAGUGCGUCGAGUUCCACCGGCUCUGGAGCGCCAUGCAGUUCGUCUACUGCAUCCCCGUGGGCACCCACGAGUUCACGGCGGAGCAGUGCUUCGGAGACGGCCUGAACUGGGCCGGCUGCUCCAUCGUGGCGCUGCUCGGACAGCAGCGGCGCUUCGACCUCUUUGACUUCUGCUACCACCUGCUGAAGGUGCAGAGGCAGGACGGCAAGGACGAGAUCAUCAAGAACGUGCCCUUAAAGAAGAUGGCGGACCGCAUCAGGAAGUACCAGAUCCUGAACAACGAGAUAUUCGCCAUACUGAAUAAGUACAUGAAGUCGGUGGAGACAGACAGCAGCACCGUGGAGCACAUUCGAUGCUUCCAGCCUCCCAUACACCAAUCCCUGGCCACCACCUGCUGAGAUGGCUCUAGUGGAGGGAUGAUCUUCCUUCAGCAGCCUGAUGGGAUGGAUUCCCGGCACUCCGUCCAUCCCUGUCUGAGGUGGAACAUCUCAUGGACGUAGCUGCCAUUGGCCAUGGGACAAGUGACUGGAAUGACCAAGUCGUCUGGUCCCCCCCCCCGGCGCUCCAUAAUGAUCCGUAGCUCCAAUGUUCAGUUUCACAUCCUUCUCCCUGCCCGUCCUGGUUCUGAACAUGUGCCAUUCUUCGGACAUUUAAAAAUAAACAACCCCUAAAGCCGUACUUGGUUUCGAUUGGCGCGUUACCAUAAGGGGUGGUUCGUGGCCAUUUUUAAUGCUCUGCGCAGUAAGAAAGUAAAAAAUACCUAGCUAGUCAAUUUCCACGUAAUUUUGGAAGCAUUUCCCAAAGUCUGAAUGCAGUGGGGAUUGGAAGAGGCAGACAGGUAGGAGAGACAGUAGCCGGACUCUUUAAAAUGGGAAAUAAGCACAGGAACUGUGAAAGUAUUGGUGAGUUCAUUUGCCGUUUUGUAAAGCGCUUGUGGUUACUUCCAUAUUGUACGUUCACACGGUUCUAAGCUGCACAUGCAGGGGUCACUGGAUGCAGGUGCCUGGGGGGAAAAUCAGAACCUCUGCUCUUCUCUUUAAUGUCUUCAGUGUAAAUUCACCUUGACGUGUGACGACGUGAUGUGACUGUGCGACAAAGCUGAUUGCUCUGGGUUCAGGCGAAUUCCUAAGGGCUUCUGUUUCUAAGGGGUAUAUUUAAUUUUCCGUAUUAUUUAAUAUAUAUGCUCUGAGUAAUUCGCCCAGGCAUCCUUAUAUGAAAGGCCUGCAAGACUCAGUAUUUUACCCGACUAGCAUUGUCUCAUUCCUGCUGCAGUUUCUUUUUUUUCCUAUAUUUCAAUAAACAUCAUAUCCGAGAGUCUACAUUGAAAGGUUAAUUUUUACAAUUCUGGCUUACACACAACUAUCUAUAGCUCAGCAGUGUUUAAAACAAAAUAUAUUAAUUUAUGAAGUCAACUGAAUUUUUAAAAAAAUGUUUUUUGAUAACCAUUCUAAAUGCAUGCUGUUGUGGAAGUCUUGUCUGUAAAUUGUGUAUCCAGUCCGGUCCUUAUUUAUCGUUUUUAAUGGUACUUAUGUCUUUUAAAGUUGUUUUGGAGUGAAUCGAUGAAUAAAUAAUACUUCAUAGUACCAUGAA